AACGCAGCCACUCAGUCAGUCAGGUGUGUAUGUCCACACCAUCGACAUGCACACGCAUCAAGCUCUGAGCACACCCACAGCAACACACCGCACAGCCAACCACAGUGGGCCGCGGUGGCUGUGAGGGAAGCCCUCCCCUCCCACCCUCCCACACAAACCAGUCACUCACUCAUCUGUCUGUCUGUCUGUCCGUCCUCCCCACCGCUCUGCGCUGCACACCGUCAAGGUGCUAUCUCCCAGCAGCAGCCAUCCGUCCAUCUAGGCCUGUUUCAGCGACCUUCAUGGGCCGCCGAGUGACCAUCUGACAGGCGACACACACAGCCGGACAGACAGACACUCAAGGCACGUCGUGGGCAGUGGUGUGUGGGAUGUGUGUCGUACCUAUGUGGCGGCACUACGGCGCUCGACACGCAGCCCCUGGCCAUCGAAGCUGAGCUUGUAGGGUCCGCCGCUGUUGUUGAGAGAGGCCUGCUGAGCCAUAAAGCGCCGCUGGAAGUCGGUGCGCAGUUCAUCGUCCCACAACUCCACAUAGGUCUUCUCGUGACCCUGCAGGGCAGAUAGGACGAGCGACAAAUACACAUUCAGGGAGCUAUGUCUGUGUGGUGUUCUAUGUCACUCACCUUGAGCUCGUCGUUGGAUGAGAUGAGCGUGGCCAUCACGUUGUCGUAAAACUGCUCCAACUGGUCAUCAUCUACAAAGCCUACAGUGAAUGAACACAUCCCAUACACAGACGCCAUGACUGCUGGUUCUCCCCUGCGCCCCCAUCCCCCCUUACCGGACACGGUGAUCGUCACUUCCUCGACCGGCGGCAGCUUGUCAUUGCUGUCCCGCCCCCACAGACAGGGGCUGCUUUUGCUGUGCACGGGUGCUGUGAGUUCGUUUGCCACUAGGUCGAGGCACAGCGUCAGGCUCCUCUCCCGCCCCCGGCUGACCAGCGCCGCCUGCAGCCGCUCAAGGAACACCCACACCUCACCAGCAGGUGCAUCCAGCAGCAAAGCGUGCUCAUGGGAUCCUAUCUCGACGCACGACAGAUUGGGCAUGUGGGAGGCGAUCUCGACCGCCCGCUUCUCCUUGGCCUCAUCGUCGAGGGCAUCGCCGAGCAGCUGCAGGGUGUGGGCGGCGGGGAAGGUGUCGUCACUGAUGGCCGCAGAGACGGCCUCGUCUGCUCCGCUGUACACCUCGUCAAGACCGCCGUACACCACGGUGUGGGCGGCCUUGGCGUACUCGUUGAUGAUCUUGUCGGCAGCGGGGCCGGUGCUGCCGCGCGAGAGGAGCUCCGCGCCAAUCCGUCCACACGUGCCGUCGUUGUUGAGUGCGAAGACGCCGUUGUCCACUGCCUCGCGGUGAGCAAUGGCGUCACUGGUCGAAGGCAAAGCGCAGGAAUGAAUUGCACGGUGUCUCUGCAGCCUCUCUCCCUCCCUCUCUCUCUCUCUCUCUCUGUGUGUGUGUGUGUGUGUGUCCUUACAUGAGCCGUGCAACGCUCUGGCACCGCUUGACAUCAUGUGGAGUGCUCGCCAUCGACCACAU